UAUAUUUUUAGUUUUCUUCUUAUGGCAUUAAACUUACUUGCGGGCUCUUUGUUUAAAUUUCAAAAUUGUAGAUUAAAUGUUUAGUUUAUUUCAAAUAAUCAAUAAAAAUAUAAAAUAUUUGUGCAAAAUUUUCAAUAAAAAUUAAACCUUGAAUGAAUUUAAAAAGUAUAAUUUGUGUUUGUAAAGAAUUGAAUCAAUCAGUGAAAAUAUGUCAAGUGAGGAGAUGCUAUAUGCACAGGGUGCAAAAAUAUGGGUUCCACAUCCAGAAGAAGUAUGGGAGGGAGCUUCACUGGAACAAGACUAUCAUAAAGGAGAUACAGUUAUCAAAAUAGUAAAAAAUACUGGACGACAGCUCGAGUUAGCAAUCAAACCAAAUGGCAGUAAUUUACCGCCAUUGAGGAAUCCUCAAAUUUUGAUUGGUCUUAAUGAUUUAACAUCCUUAUCUUAUUUACAUGAACCGGGUGUUUUACAUAAUUUAAGGGUUCGAUUUUGUGAUCGUCAAAAUAUUUACACAUAUUGUGGAAUAAUUUUAGUUGCCAUAAAUCCAUAUGCUUCGUUAUCACUUUAUGGGUCCAGUAUUAUACGCGCUUAUCGUGGCCGAUCUAUGGGCGAGCUGGAACCGCAUAUAUAUGCUAUUGCAGAGGAAGCAUACACAAAAUUAGAGCGUGAAAAAUGUAAUUUAAGUGUAAUUGUAAGUGGCGAGUCGGGUGCUGGUAAAACCGUGUCAGCUAAAUAUACAAUGCGUUAUUUUGCCGCAGUCGGAGGUUCAGAGUCUGAGACACAAGUAGAAAGAAAAGUAUUAGAAUCCUCACCAAUUAUGGAAGCUUUUGGUAAUGCUAAAACAACAAGGAAUGACAAUAGUUCACGUUUUGGAAAAUUUACAAAGUUAUUGUUUAAAAAUAAUAUGGGUGUGAUGAAUCUUACUGGUGCCACAAUGCACACAUAUUUGCUGGAAAAGUCACGUGUUGUAUUUCAAGCGCCUGGAGAACGUAAUUAUCAUGUCUUCUAUCAACUUUGUGCAGCCCGUGAUAAAUAUCCAGAGCUAAUUCUUGAUCAUCAAGAUAAAUUUGAUUACUUAAAUAUGGGAAAGUCGCCUGAUAUAGAAAAUGUUUCAGAUAGGAAACUUUUUAAAGAAACCUUACACGCUAUGAGCGUGUUAGGUUUUAGUAAAAAUCAGAUUACCGAUAUACUAAAAAUUCUAGCUGGCAUCUUGCAUUUAGGAAAUAUUAAAUUUGGAUAUAAAUAUAAAAAGGAUUCAGAGGAAAUCGACCCUGAUGGUUGUGAUAUAAACGUUAAUGAUCUACAUUUACAAUUGACGGGUGAAAUGUUGAGAGUGAACUCAGAUGAUUUACGCAAAUGGCUAACUACUCGACAAAUUGAAUCUGUAAAUGAGCAUGUACUUAUACCUAAUACUAUGGAAAUAUCAUAUGCAGCUAGAGAUGCAUUAGCUAAGCAUAUAUAUGCAAAACUGUUUCAACACAUUGUUGAUGUUACCAACAAAAGCUUGAACAUGGGAAACAAGCAAAGCUGUUUUAUUGGCGUGCUCGAUAUUUACGGUUUUGAGACUUUUGAUGUUAACUCAUUCGAGCAGUUUUGUAUUAAUUAUGCUAACGAAAAACUACAACAACAAUUUAAUCAACAUGUUUUUAAACUUGAGCAAGAAGAAUAUCUAAAAGAAGGCAUUACGUGGACAAUGAUUGAUUUUUAUGACAACCAGCCAUGUAUUGAUUUGAUUGAAUCAAAAUUAGGUGUACUAGAUCUUUUAGAUGAAGAGUGCAGGAUGCCAAGAGGAUCAGAUGAAAGUUGGGUUGGAAAAUUGAUAGAGAAAUGCAAAAAGUUUCCUCAUUUCGAGAAACCACGUUUUGGGACAACAAGUUUCUCUGUCAAACAUUUCUCUGACACUGUGCAAUAUGACGUUCAUGGAUUUCUUGAUAAGAAUCGUGACACCGUUUCUAAACAACUUGUUAAUGUAAUUCGUCUGUCGGAAUUGCCGUUGUGUAAACUUUUAAUUGAAUUGGAAGAAAUUGACACGCUCAGCACGGAUGGUGCAAAAACUCAAGCUAUGGGUGGUCGGGUUGUAAUAAGUGCAGCAAAGCAACAGCUGCCUGCUGAUUACCGACGUCGAGUUGCACCUUCCAAACAACAUAAACGUUCUGUGGGAUCUCAAUUCCGUGAGAGCUUAUCUUCACUAAUAAAUACAUUGCAUGCGACUACACCACAUUAUGUACGAUGCAUCAAGCCUAACGAUGAUAAAAUUGCCUUCAAAUGGGAAGCCUCUAAGAUUGUACAACAAUUACGUGCCUGUGGUGUACUAGAAACAGUACGCAUAUCAGCUGCUGGAUUUCCAUCACGUUGGAUAUAUCAUGAUUUCUAUAUGCGCUAUCAAUUAUUGUGUCAUCGCACAUUAAUCAAUAAAAAUGAUUUGAAGCAAUCAUGUUUCAAUAUUGUGCAAAAUUGGAUUACAGAUGAAGAUAAAUAUCGUUUUGGCAAUACGCAAAUAUUUUUUAGAGCGGGUCAAGUUGCUUACUUGGAGCAGGUGCGCGCCAAUUUACGUAAAAAAUAUAUAACUCUUAUACAGUCGGUAGUACGUCGUUUUAUAUGUCGUAAACGAUUUCAAAGGCUACAGCGUACAGCACUUGGACUACAACGGUAUGCACGUGGCUGUUUGGCACGAAGAAAAGCUCAGGCAAUACGAGAGCAUCGAGCUGCACUUGUUAUAUCGAAGUAUGCACGUGGUUGGCUUAUAAGGCGGAGAUAUGUACGUUUGAGACGUUCAAUUUGUGGUAUACAACAGUAUGCACGCGGUAUGUUAGCUCGUAAACGGUUUCGUGAUGUUAUGGACCAUUAUCGUGCUACGGAGAUUCAACGUUUCAUGCGAGGUUAUUUGGCUCGUCGCGCUUAUCAUAAGAGACGACACGAUAUUAUUAUAUGCCAAGCUGCGGUUAGACGAUUUUUGGCUAGACGUAGAGUGAAGAAAAUGAAAACCGAAGCGAAAACCAUUUCUCACAUAGAAAAGAUGUAUAAGGGUCUUGAGAAUAAAAUUAUAUCAAUGCAACAGAAGAUUGAUGAAUUAAAUCGUGAAAAUAGUAACUUGAAGCAUAAGACAAGUGAAAUAUCCGUUCUUAAAAUGAAAUUGGAAUUAAAAAAAACACUAGAAGGCGAAGUUAAAAAUUUAAAAUUAGUGCUUGCAGAAAAAGAUAAAGUAUUAACACAUUUAACCAAACAAUUGGAAAUUGAACGCGAUGAGAAAAUGCAAUUACUUGAAGACAAGGAUAAUACCGCUGAACAAUUUACAAAGCAAAAACAAAUAUGGCGUAUAGAGAACGAUGAUUUGCGUAAACAAAUCGAUGAUAUGAUUGAAAUGGCGAAAAAAGUUGAAACAAAAGCUGCCGUACAACGAGAAAAUAAUAAUGAAUCUAAAGAAAUACAAGAGGCUUAUCAAAAGUUACUUAAAGACAAAGAAAUAGUGGAAAAUGAAAAUUACCUACUGAAAGAGGAACUAUCGCGGAUGCAAAAAUCGAAUGGUACUGAUUUUGUUUAUCAUACUAGAUCGCCAAGUAACGCUUCUAGCCAGAAUGAAGACGAUGUAGGCUAUGUAUCUGGAAAGAAUACGUUGGAAGUGACUCGCAGCCAAGGAGGCUUUGGAAAGGCCCCACAUUUAUCACAAUCAGAUAUAACUCCGGGCCAAGUUGGACUUGUUCUUAAGUUACGUGAUAUUUUGGAAUAUGAAAAACGCAAAAAUAAAAUACUUGGUGAUCAGCAUGAAAAGUUAAUGAAUCGCAACAAGAACACUGAGGAUUCUAUAAGAGUAACUGAACUUGAAGUUGAAAAUGAAAAGCUACGAAAUGAUUACGAACUUUUGCGGAACAGUAUAAAGAGAGGAACGGAAAUGCAUGAACUUGAUGCGCAAUUUUAUGCACUACAAGAUGAAUUACGACGACGUCGUGAGGAAUGCAUUCAACUCAAAGGUGUAUUACAGCAACAAAGUCAGUCAUUAAAAUCGUAUGGAAAUGGAAAUGGAUCGUUAAAUAAAAAUGAAUUUAAAAAUCCCCAGGAAAAUAAUGACCUGGCUGAAGCAUUCCAAGCUCAGAAACUUGUCAAUCGACAAUUGGAAUCUGAACUUAGUGCCUUGACUGAAGAAAAUAAUGCUCAUUUGGCUGAACUAAGUAGACAGAUUGAUGAUCUUCGUAAUGAAAAACAGCAAUUGCAAAAUAUUAUGCAAACUGAUCUUGACAAUGUUAAUGAAAAGGAUAUGGAUAAAGUUGUACAGAAUGAACGUUAUUUACGUUACGAAUUGGACAAAACUCUAAACCAAUAUUCCCAUCUGCAGGAAGAAUUGAAUGUUAUGGGUCGCAAAUUUGAUACAUUGAAGUUCGGCAAUGACAAAAUGGCACUGAAACUUGAACAGUUAGGUGUGCCAACUGUAGAGAACGCCGCAAAAGAAGAAACUGCCAGGCCAGUUACACAAGUUACUAAACAAAAAAUGCAAAACUAUCAAGGUGUUAUGAAAUUCCAGAGUUCAGAUCUAGACAAAAUUUUACAUCGCCUUAUAAACAGUAUGACGCCUCGUAUUGCCAUUGGAUUAUUGCCCGGUUUUCCGGCCUAUAUAUUAUUUAUGUGUAUACGUUAUACUGAUUUAAUUAAUGCUGAUGACGAUGUACGUGAACUUUUAAGUAAAUUUGUGGUGCAAAUCAAGAAAAUUCAUCGUAAUCCUCAUGUCAUAGAAGUUCGAACUUUGUGGCUAGUAAAUUCUAUAGCGUUAUUAAAUUUAUUAAAACAAUAUGGUGAUGUUGAAGAGUAUGUGAAAUACAAUACAUUAAAGCAAAAUCAGCAACAAUUAAAAAAUUUCAAUCUCUACGAGUAUCGUCGCGUAGUGCUUGAAAUAAUCAACAGUUUAUAUCAUGUAUUAGUAAAACAAGUUCAAGGAUUUUUGGAACCAUUAAUAGUACCUGCAAUACUCGAUAACGAUGAAAUUAAGCGUGGUAGACAAACACAAAAUAUACGUGGACAUACCACGUCUAAUGAUCCAUCAUCUCCUGACCAUUCAAAAAUAGCUGCUUGGAAACAGUUAAUACAGAAGCUGGAACACUUUUUCAAACAGUUCUAUCAUUUUGGUUUGGAUCGCUGCUAUUCGGAGCAAAUAUUCAAUCAGUUAUUAUAUUUUAUCUGUGCUGCUGCCAUGAAUUGUUUAAUGUUAUGCGGCGAUAUGUGCAUGUGGGAGACAGGAAUGAUUAUUCGAUAUAAUUUAGGCCAUAUUGAAGAUUGGGUUAGAGAAAAGAAAAUGUCAAAUGAUGUUCUAUUGCAAUUGGCACCAUUAAACCAGAUAUCUCAGCUUUUGCAAUCCCGGAAAAGCGAACAAGAUGUGCAAAGCAUUUGUGACUUAUGUACAUCUCUUAACACAGCACAAGUACUUAAGGUUAUGAAAUCAUACAAAUUGGAUGAUUAUGAGGGUAAAAUAACAAGUACAUUCAUGGAAACAUUAACAGAGAAAUUAAAUGCACGUCCAUUGAUGAAUAACAAUAUUCAUGACUUUACUAUGGAUCAGAAGUUUAUACAUCCAUUCAAAGUAGUUUUUAAAUAUAGCGAUGUAAAAUUAGAAGAGAUUGAUUUACCAAAACAUUUAAACCUCGACGAAUUACUCGUUAAGAUAUAAUUUUGCUGAACAAGUAAACUUUUAGCAUUCAACGUAUUUAAUUAAAGUAUUAGUAAUAGUUGUUCCUUAUCGUUGCCAAUCGAUGUUAAAAAUUAGCUGAAUUUUUAGUUAAAAUUAUUUAUUUUUAUUUGAUUCAUGCAAAUUUUAAUAAAUUUAU